AUGAACAAAUACAGAUUAACUACAAACACAGACUUAAAUAAAACUAUUGGUUUAUCUAAUGAAAACCUAGAUAAAAUAAUAAAAGCAAAACCUACUAUUAGACAUCUGGAGGAUGGUCGCCAAUUAGAUAUGGUAACUGGUAAAGCGGUUAAUAGACGUUGA